AUGGCAACUUCCAACUGGACCACACUCCACCCCUCCACCUUCAUCCUCCUUGGCAUCCCGGGGCUGGAGGCGGCGCACGUCUGGAUCUCCAUCCCCUUCUGCUUCAUCUACAUUCUGUCCCUCCUAGGGAACGGCCUCCUCCUGGCUGUUAUCAAGACUGAGCCGAGCCUCCACGAGCCCAUGUACCUUUUCCUUUGCAUGCUGGCUCUCGCCGAUCUGGUCAUCUCCACCACCACCCUGCCCAAAACCCUCUGCAUAUUCUGGUUCAGCGACAAUGCCAUUCACACAAACGCUUGCCUGGCCCAGAUUUUUUUGAUUCACUCAGUUACUUGCAUGGAGUCCGGGUUUAUGUUGGCCAUGGCUUUUGAUCGCUACGUUGCUAUCUGUAACCCGCUGCGACACACGGCCAUCCUCACCAAUCGGGUUGUAGCCAAGAUAGGGCUGGGUGUUGUGAUGAGGGGGGCCAUUUUACUGGGUCCUCACCCAUUCCUGCUGAAGCAGCUCCCAUACUGCAGGACCAAUGUCAUUUCCCACACCAAUUGUGAGUUCAUGGCACUGGUGAAACUGGCCUGUGAGGACACGACGGUUAUGAGUGCCUAUAGCUUGGCCGUAUCGUUUUUCGCCGGGGGAUUAGAUUUUAUCCUCAUUGUCCUGUCCUACAUCCUGAUCCUCCGGGCCGUCUUCAGACUCCCAUCCAAGGAGGCACGGCACAAGUCCCUCGGCACCUGCAGCGCCCACGUCAUCGCCAUGCUGGUGUUUUACACCCCAGCGUCCUUCACCUACUUCUCCCAACGCUUUGGCCAUGUGGCUCCCCACAUUCACAUCCUCAUCGCCAACAUGUACCUGCUUUUCCCUCCCAUGAUGAACCCCAUCAUCUACGGGGUGAAAACCCCGGGGAUCCAGCAGAGGGCGCUCCACAUCUUGGGCAUCAAAAUAGACUGA